AAAUCGCAAACGGUUUCCCUCAUUUUUUGUGCAGCUUGACACUCUGAAAACGAUUGUGGAGGAAGGAAGAUUAAUCCAACUGCAAUUCCAUGGCUGCCAAUUUCUGGACUUCCUCUCACUACAAGCUGCUUCUCGAUGCGGAAGAGGUGAAUGUGGUGCAUCAAUUGGACAAGGAAAGGGGCAUUACUGCUGAAGAUUUCAAGCUCGUCAAAUUUUACACUUCCCACAGUAUUGUGGAGUUGGCACACUGUGUCAAAGUGAGGCAGAGGGUCGCAGCUACGGCCAUUACAUACAUGAGACGUCUCUAUGCCAGGAAAAGUAUGACGGAAUAUGAUCCAUGCCUAGUUGCUCCGACCUGCUUGUACUUGGCAGCUAAAGCCGAAGAAAGCACAGUGCAUGCCAAACUUGUUGCUUUUCAAAUCACGGAAGAUCUAAGUGAUGUGAAGUUUUUUAAAGAGAUACACAAGAUGGAAAUGAAAAUCUUGGAAGCCCUCAACUAUUAUUUACUUGUAUUCCAUCCUUACCGAUCAAUGACUCAGUUUCUUCAGGAUGCUGGCGUGAGUAAUUUGACAGAACAAACUAUGGGGAUCAUUAACGACACAUACAAGAUGGAUCUGAUUCUUGUUCAUCCUCCUCACUUGAUCGCGCUAGCCUGCAUAUUCAUUGCAAGUGUCCAGAAUGAUAAAGAAAUCACAGCUUGGUUUGAGGAGCUUCGUGUUGACAUGAACGUGGUGCAAAGCAUUGCAAUGGAGAUUUUAGAUUUCUACGACAGCUACAAAGUGAUGUCAGAAAAACCCAGGAUUAGUGCAGUAAUGGACAAGCUACGAUGAUCAGAUCAACUAUGUUUUCGUAGUAAACAGUAGAAACACGAUAGCAGAUUAAAAACGGGCUCCACAAUAGCAAAAUCAGAGCCUUAAAGAAGCACAUAUAGUUGCAGGAUGGUAACAUUUUAUUUUCUGAUCUAAACAGGCAUCACUUACAUGUUUGAAUUUCGACAAAAGUUGAAAAGUGGUAUAGUAUUUCUUGUUGAUGUAGCAAAAUUGAGGAGAAAUCUUGACCUUUUCUCUGUUAACUGACCUUCAAAAACUUUGUUGAUAUUCAAAAUUGCACUGAGUUUUGUUGUUUCUA